AUGCGAAUCAACAACACACUUGACAAGGAGGUAGAGUUGGUUUCCAACGAUGGACACCCACCUGGCGGUGUCCUCUUAAAACCCAAACAGGCACUGGUGUUACGUAAAGAAAUCUCGGUGUCGGUCUCCGUUGUAUUCACUGCUCAGGAUGUCUCUACUGGUAGCGGAUUGCUGCUUAACGAUGGUGAGGAGUACGUUGCAACUCCAAGUGAAUACAAGCAACAGUUGACUUCUAUUGAUAUCACUGAUGCUGAAUGUGUUGAUAAACCAGCGCCACGUGAUCGAUAUUACGCAACUCUUAUCCUAAAGAACAAGUACAAAUCCACUGCAGUUAUCAUCUCAAAUGACAAUCAUCCCUCUGAUGGGUAUCGCAUAGGGUCAGGUUCCCAGGAAACGCUAAGUAAAGAAGUACUAACACCCGGGAAGAUCGAUGUUCGUGCUUUUGAUCCUACGACUGGCAAACCACUUUUAGUCAAUGGCCAGGAAUCCUACUCUAUAACCCCGUCCAGAGAGAAACGAAACCCUGAUGCCCUGGAAAUCACUUCUCAAGGUAUAGUUACCGCCUCCACUCCAGUGGUGCCCAACGCGUGGUUCUAUCUUCUUGUCAUGUGGAAUCGUAAUGACGGUCUCUCGAUGUACAUGGACAACCAACUAAAAGCAUCGACAAGAGACGGACGACCAAAUCCUGUAGAAAGACUGCCAACAACCGAGCAAACGAACUUAAAUGUUGGUAGAAACAUCAAUGGACAAAGCGCUCCACAUAAUGCGCAUUUCUUGAUGUCUUCGUUAGUUAUGUUCAAUAGGAACAUCCCAACUCAGUCUGUCCCAUCAAUCACGAAAUAUUUCUCCAAACCAAUUGCCGUCCAUCCGCUUACUAAGUAUUACAUCAUGCUUAAGAUAACCAAUCCAACUCAAAAUGACAUAAUCCUACAACCAAGCGAUAAAUACCCAGCCGGAGGUUUCACCAUCAGUAAAAAAGCCAUUGCCAAGGUAAAGAAAGAGGUUUCAAGUCCAUCUGAGGUUUCCUUUAUUGCGCAAAUCAAAGGCCAAGCAAACAAGUACAUCUUGUUGAAUGGCAAGCCAAGAAUUAAAGUUUCCCCUUCAGAAAGUCCUUUGGAAGUAUUUGAUGUUAACUUUUCUCCAAAAG